AUGUCUCUUCCAGCAUCUUUCCUCCCUCCUAUUCUCCCCUCCAACGCCACCGUCCGCAGAAUCGACUUCACCACCACCACCCCACCUAUCCCAGAAUACCGCAAUCACUUCGCCCUAGUCAUUGACAACUUCCUCACCGAAUCCGAAUGUAAAGCUCUCCUCCAAGCUGCCGAGGCAAGCACUCAGCCUGACCCCGCCGCCAACACCCCAGAUAACAAUGAUACCCCACCAACGUGGGAACGAGCUUUGGUCAACGCCGGUGGAGGCCGCCAAACCGUCUCAAUAGACCGAAAUUGCGGUCGAAUCUCCUACAAUUCCCCCAUCAUUGCGCAGAAACUCUUCAUGCGCCUGCACCCGAUCCUGAUGGAUGCCGGGAUCGACACGGUCUUCAAUCAGGGCCUGAUAACCGGAUUGGGACCGUGGAAGCGGCAAGAGGUGUUUCGAGUGUCAAGAUUGAAUGAACGAUUGAGCUUUCUGCGUUAUGAGGGGGGCGAGUUUUUCAAGCCGCAUUGGGAUGCACUCCGUGAGACCGAGAACGAGAAGGAGAUUUCACUAUUUACAACUCAUUUGUAUUUGAAUGGAGAGGGAGAGCAGGAUCUAGAGGAGUUGGAAAAAGCGAGAGAAGAGGCUGAAUCUAUGCCGGAAUCUACUACUACUGAAAGACGUGGAAAUCCUUCUGCUACAUUGUUAGGAGGGGCGACGUCAUUUCAGAAUGGAUUCUCGAACAAAGAGGUUGUUCGGAUCUUUCCCAAGACGGGGUCUUUGCUAAUAUUCCAGCAAAAGGGGCUCUUGCAUGCUGGUGAUGAUGUUUAUAGGGGGGUUAAGUAUACCAUGAGGACGGAUGUAUUGUAUCGGAAAAGCCUGAGAGUAUGA